UAUUGCCAUUAGCGGGCGCAGUGCAAUAUGAAAACAGCUAAAAUUCUCGUUGCUUUGUUCACGCUUGUCCUGUGCACGCGUUCAACAGAAUCGGCAAAUGUUCUGGCAAUAUUCGCGUACUCUUUUAGUACGCCUUACACAGUGGUUAAACCGUAUAUUAAAGCCCUAGUAAACAACGGACACAAUGUGACUGUUAUCUCAUCGAAACAACUUCUAGCGGACAUCGAGAACGUGCGACACAUUCGUGUGGCAGCUAUAGAUCAGGUCAUAGAAUAUGUCAUGAACAUUGAUUUUUCAGAGUGUUUAUACAGCAAAUGGAAAGAAUCGUUGGUAUCCUCCAGUUUCUAUUACAACGUUUCGAUCGGAAUUCUCAGCGAUUCAAGAGUGCAAUCGCUGCUACACGAUAAAUCCGAAAAGUUUGACAUGAUCGUCUUGGAGCCAACGCACUCAGAAGCUUUUAUUGGCUUCGCAGAGCACUUUGAUGCCUCCUUGGUUGGAUUGUCCACGUUUGGUUCCUCUUGGUUGACCGAUCAUUUAGCUGGAAACUCGGCACCAAGUGUCUAUAGACCCGUGCAGCCAAUCGGCUAUUCUCAUGGAGAUUCUCUGGUAGAUAAAUGGAACAAUUGGAUUUACAUAGCCGAGGAAUGGUUAAUCGAUCGAUUGCUUAUAUUACCUGGACAACUGGAACUGUUCACACGAUACUUUCAACUGCCAUCGUCGCGUUUAUUUGAGCGACGCACAAGCUAUUCCCUGAUGUUGAUCAAUCAGCACUUUAGUCUCGGUCGCGUUCGCUCCAAUGUGCCCAACGUUAUCGAGGUGGCCGGCAUACAUAUGGCUGAGCCCAGUGAGCCACUUGAGCCAGAGUUACUUGACUUUGUGAAUGGUGCGGAGCACGGCGUCAUUUACUUUUCCAUGGGCAUGAAGAUUCUUAGCAGAUGGCUCCCGAAGAACAUUGAACAAAAGAUGCUGCAGACUUUCUCAAAACUGAAGCAGCGAGUCGUGUGGAAGUACGAAGAGAACACGAUGCUUAAUAAGUCAGAAAACAUCUACUUGAGUCACAAUGUACCUCAACGUCAGCUGCUGGAACAUGCCAACGUGAAGCUCUUCAUCACAAACGGCGGUCUUCUGAGCACCAUCGAGGCAGCAUACUCGGGAGUUCCCAUGCUGGGUUUGCCCAUCUAUUUCGAUCAGUUCGACAAUGUGGAACGAAUGGUGAAGGUGGGCGUAGCCCGUAAGUUGGAUAUCAACACUCUGACAGAGGAGCAGUUGAUGAUUAAUAUUAAGGAAUUGCUCCAAAAUCCUAUUUAUGCUCAGAAGGCAAAUGAGAUGUCCAAACGCUUUCGCGAUCAACCAACGUCUCCACUGGAGGCAGCCAUGUGGUGGACGGAGUACGUACUAAGGCACAAAGGAGCUCCUCACAUGCGAAUGGCAGAAGAUGAUAUUUCCUUUGCGCCGUACUAUAAACUCAAUAUAUUCUCGGUCCUUCUUGCUCGCAUUGCGUUUUCGGCAUUUGUUGUUGUCCUAGCUUGUGCUUUUGUUGUACAUUUCAUCUGGAAGAAG